UGCUGGAGGGCUCCAGUGCAGAGGACCGUUUUCUGAGAGAACUGGCCAUCCAGAAUCCCCUGAUGCUCAAGGAUACCUUCUUCUACUCCUACUUCAGGUCCCUACGGGUGGUAGACAAGCAGGUGAGCCUGGUGGAUAAAGACCUCCUGAAAUUUAUAAAUCUUGAAGAGUUGGUACUGAGCGCUAAUCAAAUCAAGGAGAUCAAUGCCGCCAACCUGCCCCCAACUCUCAAGGUGCUGGAGCUCUAUGGCAACAAAAUCAGCAGCAUGGAGUGUCUGUGCUCCCCCCCGCCCCCGCGGCUCCAGCACUUGGGCUUGGGUCACAACAAGCUUCAAGGCCCCUUGGAAAGUCUCUAUGUCACCUCCGAUCACUGGCCCAACCUCAUCUCUCUGGACCUGAGCUUCAAUGACUUGACGGACCUGCAGGGCAUGACCGCCAGCCUCAGCGCCCUCCAACGCCUGCGGCUGCUGGUGCUGCAGGGAAACCCGCUGGCCCUGCUGCCCUACUACCGAGGCUUCACCAUUGACAGCCUGGCCCGGCUCUGCGUGCUGGACGACAUCACCGUGUCUCCCAGCGAGAAGCAUCUGUUCCGGGGGCUCAGCCACAGUGGGGACCUCUUGGCGCAUCAGGCACAGCUCGUGGUGACUAUUGGAAAUGUCAAGGGGGUUCCGGACACGUCUGUCUUAGACCCGGAGCCAGGGCCCCAAGGCCCUUUUAUCACUUACAGCUAUUAUGUGACCUACGAUUUUGUGGAAGAUGAAGAAGGAGAAGGAAGUGAAUACGGUGGUGUGCUGGCUGAGACCUCCGUUCCUGAGGACACCGGUUCAAGCACAUGCGCAAUGGGAGCCCUGAACACUGCGGCCGAGGCGGGUAUGUGGUCUCUCCCCCAGACCGUCAGCGCUGAGCAGCUGGGCGAGGAUAUUCCUGAAGAGGCCUUCGAAGAGUACGAGGAGUCUGUAGAGUCCAGGCUGUCCACCCAGUCAGGAGAGUUCGAGAAUUCGCUCGCGUCAGGCGGGUCAGCACCCUUGCCCAGGGUGACCGAUUCUGCGGAAGAGCUGGCCAAGCUGCGGCCGCGGAUAGACCCCCGGCUCUGCCCCUCCCCAGGGACCGUCCUCUUCAGCACUGUCCGCAAGCCCUGGACUGAUGUCAUCCCCUGCAACUAUGAGAUGCAGCACACACUCAAGGACCUGGUGCCACUCAAGGCUUUCCUGCUGGCGGGAACCACGGUGACCAUCGUGGAGGAGAAGGUUCUCUCCUGGCCUGCGGCGAUGCCUCCUGUUGCUGUUCUGCCACCUGCCAAGAAAGGAAAAGGGGAGAAGGACAAGAAAGGGAAGGAGGAGAAAGACAAGAAGGGAAAAGACGGGAAGGACAAGGCGGGGAAAAGGGAGAAAGAGGUGGCGAAGGAACAGAAGGGGCCCAAGAAGAAGAAAGAGCUUCCUAAGGAGCUCCGCCAGGACCCGCCCAUCCUGACUGUGCUGGGCAGUGGCUUGGUGGUGCUGGAGCCCCUGCUGGCCGGGGAGCCGCUCGUGUCCGAAGUGUGCAACUUCGGGGUGAUCCGCUCUUUGGAAACUGACAGGCUGACGUCUCUCAGGGAUUCAAAGAACAAGAGCAAGAAAGCUAAAAAAGAAAAGAAAAAAUCUGCGGUUGCAACGUACGACGGCGACUACCAGCCCCAGCCCCUCACGGUGGAGGUGCAGAUCCAGCUACACCAGUGCCGCACGGCGGAGGAGGCGCUCCGGGAGUUCGCCCAGUAGGACGCAGGAUUCAAGCAUGUUGGGUCGCCGAGCCCCAAGGACCCCCGGAGGCUGUCACCCCAGAAACAACGACAGACCCUUAGGACUUAGCACGACACUGAAGGGGGGCGGGGGUCCUGCCCUCGCUGAAGCCCACGCCGGGCUAAGAACCAGGCUUUUGGGGCCUCUCAGUUUGGAGGGAGACCUACACUCGCAGGUCAUGAUCAAGCCCCCGAGUCAGCUGCUGUCUGCGUUGACCGUUCGGAGCCUGCUUGAGAGUCUCUCCCUUUCUGCCUGCCCCUCCCCCAUUC